AUGUCUCCAAGGAAGAAGAAAGCUACUACGACACCGGUUGUCGCUCAGCAGGACGCUGUAGUUGAUACGCCGAUGAAAGACGUCCCGGCAGUUGCAGAAGAGGAGUCUACCUGUCCUGGCUGCAAACCGGACGACGGGGAGGACCUCAACAAGGACGUUUGGAUUGAAUGCACGAGCUGCAAGACCUGGUAUCACUGGGUCUGUGCGGGGAUUGACAUCGAGGCGAAUGGAAACAGUGAGACCCCCCUUACACCCGAGCAGGUCGACAAAUGGUUUUGUCAACAAUGCGUCGAGCUUGACCCGUCGAGGAUCAUGACGCUCAAGCCACCGCCGCGGAAAUCUACGCGAAUCAAGGCAAUUGCCGACACCUCCGUAUCAGAUAUGCCCAUGCUCGAAGGUGACUCGACGGCGACGACGGCGGGUGCCACGACCACAACUGUUCCUCCGACCACGACGCCGGUCAUGAAUCAUAACGGAGUGUCCACUCCCCAUGGAACACCAGAGCUCAAUAAAUGGAUUGCAAUCGCCGAUGCAAAGAAAUAUAGUCCAGACCACUUUCAAAGAAUGAAAGGGUCUGACCUCGGCCUCGAAUGGACGCUUCGAGACGAGAAUGCUAUGAAGGAACCGAUUAUUAUCGAAACACCUGAAGGUUUAGGAAUGAAAAUGCCCCCAAAGGAGACUACAGUCCGUGAUAUUGCAAAUGAGUUGGGGCCGGACGUCCCUCUCGAGGUCAUAGACGUCUUGACUCAGUCGAGUUGCCAGGGGUGGACUCUGGGCAAGUGGGCGGACUACUACCAUACGCCACCGACCGAACGAGACAAGAUUCGCAACGUCAUAUCUUUGGAGGUUUCCGGGACAACUCUUGGCCAACGGGUCUUGCCUCCUCGUUUUGUUCGCGAACUGGAUUGGGUGGAAAAGUUUUGGCCACAUAACAAGAAACAGCUGGGACAUUAUCCAAAAGUGCAACUCUACUGUCUCAUGGGUGUUGCACAGAGUUGGACGGAUUGGCACAUCGAUUUCGCCGGUUCUUCUGUUUAUUACCAUAUUCUCAACGGCGCCAAAGUGUUCUAUUUCAUCAAACCAACCGCUGCUAAUCUCGCGGCAUACGAGCAUUGGUCGGGAACCGACAUUCAGAACCACACAUGGCUAGGAGAUUUGGUCGAUGAGGUCGUGCGGGUGGAACUGGUUGCCGGAAACACGAUGAUUAUACCGACCGGUUGGAUUCAUGCAGUGUACACACCUGUCGAUACCCUCGUCUUCGGUGGAAACUUUCUUCACUCACUCAAUAUGAAAACGCAACUCCGUGUCAGAGACAUUGAGAUCAGAACUCGGGUGCCGAAGAAGUUUAGAUUCCCUCUCUUUACAAGGCUUUGUUGGUAUGUCGGGGAGAAAUACUGCAAGGACCUAAAGUCCAAGGAGGAAUUCCCUAUCCGUAUUCUCAAAUCUAUCGACGCUCUUGCAACAUUUUUGGUCUCAGAGGCCCGCAUCAUGGAACGAGGAAGUGAAGUCGCCAAAAAAGAGGCCAAAGAAAACGUGCCGGCAGACCGCAUCAAGGACCCAUCACUACUCGCAAGGGAGCUCAGAUGGCGAGUUCGCAGUGCAGCAGGGGCUGACUCGGACGCAGAGCUCGGAGGAGACGGUGAUGAGCUCGUCCCUGUCAAACGAGAGCCUGGUGGUGGGCGACACCCCGGACGAAAGCGCAAAGAGGAGCAUUCGACCGUGCUGUUCAAGAACUGGCAACCACCCGAAUGGAAUACUGUGGAGCAUAUCCCGGCCAACGAGAGCCACGACAUGAUCAAGGUCGAAGAGGCUGGUGAGCAAGGGGAGUGGAUGAAAAAGGAAGGGCUUACGGGAGAUGUAAUGCGAACCAUCAAGCGGAACGGCGUGUCCAAGCUGCGCAAGCUUGAGCACGGCGCGAUCGAGCGCUACUCUGUAGUCCGGACGGUGGAAAUUGUGACUCCAGUGGUGCUUCACCAAAGAAAGAGUCGAUGUAAAUUAUCUUGGAAGGACACUGGUUUCGACAGCGAAGACAGUGGAGAGGAAAAAAUUUCAAAGCCUACUCCAUCAAUAACAAAGCCACCGGCUGUCAAGGAGACUUCAAGUGGACUAUCAUCAUUGUCCUCUGCCCUUCCGAAACCGCGCAGACGUGAUGGGCCAGUAAAGAUUGCUGUAGAAGCUCCAAAACGUCCUGCAGAGGAUCAAAUCACGGAAGAAACGCGCCCAAGCAAGAGACCGCGACCAGAGGGGGCUGGAGGAUCCUCGUUGCUCGCAAUGUUGCCUGCUCCGAAGAACAAAACUCCUGCAUCGGUGAAGAAGGUUAACAAUGCUCCUCCUCCAGCUUUUGCAAUGUCCAUGCCGUCAGAAUUUGGCGAUUCGAAGGACGUAGAGGAGACCCCAAUUGCAUCUUCCUUGUCUCUGAUACCUCCUUCACGAAUAAAUAAGACCAAGGAGAAGCAGCCUGCUAAAGAAGAUGUGCCGGUUGUUGAUUUCUUCUCACUAGCUGCACCGACUCCGAGUGUAAAACCACCAUCAGUUUCGACGUCAUCCGAUGAGAUGCCCUCUCUUGUGCUAAAGUCGGCUGCACCGAGCGUCAAAGAAUUUAUACCACCCGCUCCGACACCUACAGACCCAUACCCAGGCUAUUAUCAAAAGCCCGAUGGAGAGUGGGUAGCUCACGAUCCGACGUAUUAUUGGUCAGUGGCAAAGGCUUGGCUUCCCGCCCCUGAGCCAGAGCCAUCGAAUAAGAGGCGCAAGGAAUGGGGAGACGAGGAAGAUCUACAGCAAGUCAGCGCACUUGACGAAGCGAGCAAGACACGAGCAGAAAUUGAGAAUACCAAGUCGAUUACUGCAAACGUCAUCCGAGCUGGCCCAUCUGCGCCAAAUAUGACCAUGACGGAAGCGAGAACCUCGCACAGGGCAAAGACACGGCAUCAAUUGUCAACGCUACUCACAGAUGCAUAUUCGCAUCGCGCUGAAAUUGAAGAUAAGAUUGCCAUGGCCAAACGUAAUCGUAAAGAGUCUGGUAACAAAUAUGCCGUCAUCUUCUUAUCCUUCUUCCUGGCCAUCGGGUUGCUUGCGAUCAUUCUCUCAUGCGCGCUUUGGAGUAAUUGGCUGCCGCUGCUCGUCGCUCUGAUCUUUGUGCUUGCUCCUCUGCCCAACGCUCUCUUUGCACACUGCGGCUCGGACGACUUCUCAAACGAGUAUGAAAGCACCCCUGCCGUUGAUUUGGGUCGUUUUAUUACCUCCAUCGUCGUUGUUACUGGCUUUGCGCUUCCUCUCAUCCUCCAACACGCAGAAGUCAUCAAGCCAGCGGCCAGUUACAUGAGCAUCGUCGGCGGUUCCCUCGUUUACGGAACCAUCCUAGCGUAUUCCCAAGUCUUCAAGCAGGACACUGAAGAGUUCUAA